AUGAGUUUUCUCGAUUCGGUCCUCUCGUCCAUCGAGACGGGAAAACCUUCUCGUUUACCACCCUCCUCUUCAACACUAUCAGCCCCGGUUUCAUCCUCCACCGCCAAAUCUGAAGUCCGCAAGCCCAGCACAACCCCCCGCGAUAUCCCACCCGAGCGGAAAUCUCUGGCCGCGGGCACAAAACGCAAAGCUGAGGAGCAGCUGCCCCGUACCCAAAAACCUGAUACCCAAGGCCCUCGCAAACUCUUACCUUCACGCCCAGCUGUGGCAUCCGCUUCUGCCAAGUCUCGUCCCACCAUCGCUUCCCCCGCCAGAUCCUCCAAACCUUUAACCAACAGCAGUACAUCUGCCACUCAAAAGGCAGCCCCGACAUCCUCUAAAGCCCCGCCUAAAGGCUCAUAUGCGGAUCUCAUGAUGAAAGCCAAGGCACUUCAAGAUAAUGCACCAUCACAAGUGGGCAUGUUUAAGCAUCAAGCCGUUCCAAAGGAGAAGCUUAGCAAAAUGGAACGCAAGAAAAGGGCGCAGGAAACGCAGUCGAAGGGCAAGGAAGGCCCAGCCGCCAAAAAGUCUGGAGCAGCUCCCAGCGCGGGCCCGACCAAGCCUAUUAAGAAACGCGAACCCGAAGAGCUCGCAUACAAGGGUACUGCAAAGCCACCGCCGACGCCGGCACUCCCUGCGUACCGGGGCACGGCCGGGUUGCCCAGUCGAGCCAAUCCUAAUGACCGGAAAGCACAGGGCCGAGGUGCAGGACGGUCAAGGAUGAACGAAUAUCUUGGAACGGAUGAAGAAGAUGAAGGAGAUUAUGCAGACGACUACGAUGACUUUUACUCAGAUGCAUCCUCGGACAUGGAAGGUGGGUUCGAGGAUGUGGUGGAAGAAGAAGCCAGGGCAUUAGCCGCUGCCAGGCGAGAGGAUGAUGAAGAAAUGCGCGCGGAAGCAGCAGCCAAGCAAGAGAAGUUGGCCCGCCGCAACAAACUUGCUGCUUUGGCAGCCAGAAGACGCUGA